AUGCCCAGGAAACCCACGCCGGCAGCCAAGCAGCGCGUGCGGACGGGCUGUUUGACGUGUCGCAGGCGCAGGAGAAAAUGUGAUGAGCAGAAGCCUAGAUGUGCUAAUUGUGAGGUGAAAGGCUUUUCCUGUAAAUACGGAGGUGAUUUGGCGUUUGUGUCGUCGAGAGCUGGUCCACAUGGGUCAGGGAUUGGGCAAGGGUAUAGCUCUAUCACGUUUGUUGACGACUCGCCUCUUGCAGCUGGGCAAAAAGAUAAAUCCAAGGAGCCGCAGAAUCCCCUGGAUGAGACUCAGGGCAACGCUGACUUCACCGAUGGUCUGCAGUCAUCUGCUGGGAGCCAUGAUGACACGGGCGACCAUCGAGUGUUGGACUUUCAACCUAUUUUGUCGGAUAACGUGCCAGGCGUUGGUUUCUCGGGGCGUCCGAUUCCUUUUGUUGAAAGACGAAACACACCAGAUGCCCGCUUCUUGACCAGUCCCCCUUAUUUUGGACAUGCCAGUCCUGUUGCUACUGCUCAAACAGUCGAACGUCAGACGCUUCUUGUCGGUGGAAACCAAGAAACUGAUCUGCUGCGCCAUUUUCGGUAUCAUGUUGGUCCGUGGAUUGACACGGGAGAUCCUGAGCUCCCAUUUGGGCUUCAGGUGUUGCUGCUUUCGCGAACAAAUCGGGCUUUACAAGCUGCGGUUCUCUCACUCUCUGCUGGACAGAGGCUGCUCCUGCCACUGGCAACUAGCGAGGACGCCGAAAGUAGUCGUCGGUUCCGGAAGGAGGCACAGGAAAGCCUCGCAGUUGAGUCCAAUUUGGCUAGAUAUGCCGGGCAAACGCUUUUGAUGCUUCAAGAUGUUCUACCUGCUGGGCCACAACAGUGGAGAAGAAUUCUCAUGUAUAGUAUAGAACAGGGUUGUGAUUUCUCUUCGCAGUCUCUUCUAGGAGAAGAAGUUGGAGAGGCAUUGUUCUGGCUUUACUUUCGGCUCGAUAUUGCAAGCUGCAUUACCUCUGCAAUACCACCUCUCAUCCCUUUCAGAUCACUGCUGCGGCGCGACGGCACAUUAAUUCAACAUUCACAAACUCAAAUCGAGCCCCAAACCGUCAACGGUGUAUACAAAAAUAUUUUAUGUUUACUCGGACAUUGCUUGGCUCUGAUGUAUGGUGGCCCCGACAUCCCGCCCCGGCAAGCGACAUCCCCAGGACUCGCAUUCCCUUCACUGCGACAAUCACAAUUCCUCUCCGAAUGGACUUUUCUAUGGACAGACUGCCAAAAAUGGUACAACGAGCGACCGGUAGACGUCCAACAGAUUGUGGAUAUUCGUGGUGGAGAAGCUGAUCAAAUUGACCCUGAUCACAACUCGUCUUUCCCGAUUCUUAUCUAUACGACGCCAAUGGCGCUGGUCGCUAAUGCUGCCUAUCAUAUCACAUCUCUACUACUGUUGACACACAAACCACGGCUUCUGAAAUCUCUUCCAGGGCCUAGGUGCUACACCUCGCAUAUCUGGCAUGCACAGUCGAUAGCUGGGAUCGCAGCAAGCAACGAUUCUCCGGAGCAGUGGGACCCGAUUUUGGUUGCCAGUCUUCUCACCAUUGCCCGUGACAUGACACAUGAGUCGCAACAAACUGUUUUGUUAGAGCGAUUAGCCAGGAUAACUGCUACGACAGGGAUGAAGCUGGACCAGGAGACCGAAGCCCUACAAGCAACGUGGAACAUGGCGCGAUACGAGGAGGAAUUCGAUGAAAGUGACAUAUGA